GGCGGCGCGGGUACGGCGUGAGAAGUGCGGGAAGCCAAGAUGCCACCGUCCCUGCCUGCCACCAUCAACAUCCGGGAGCCCCGCUGGGACCAGAGCACCUUCCAGGGCCGGGCCAAGCACUUCUUCAUGGUGACGGACCCCCGAAACCUGCUGCUCUCGGGGGCCACGCUGGAGGAGGCUCGCCGGGUGGUGGAGGACUACAGGGCAGGCACGGUACCCCCAGGGCUGACCGAGGACCAGCUUUGGCGGGCGAAGUACAUCUACGACUCGGCUUUCCACCCUGAUACGGGCGAGAAGAUGCUCCUCGUGGGACGCAUGUCUGCCCAGGUCCCCAUGAACAUGACCAUCACCGGUUGCAUGUUGACCUUCUACAGGACCACACCGGCCGUGCUGUUCUGGCAGUGGGUCAACCAGUCCUUCAACGCCAUUGUCAACUACACCAACCGCAGCGGGGAUGCACCCAUCACCCCCAGCCAGCUGGGGACAGCCUAUGUGAGCGCGACCACAGGGGCAGUUGUCACAGCACUGGGGCUUAAAUCUCUCACCAAGCACUUGCCAGCCAUCAUCGGCCGGUAUGUGCCUUUUGCAGCCGUGGCUGCUGCCAACUGCAUCAACAUCCCGCUGAUGAGGCAGAGAGAGCUCAAGCUGGGGAUCCCCGUCACGGAUGAGAAUGGGAACCGCCUGGGCGAGUCCACGGCUGCAGCCCAGAAGGCCAUUUUCCAGGUGGUGGUAUCCCGCAUCGGCAUGGCAGCCCCGGCCAUGGCCAUCCCCCCGGUGAUCAUGAACGCCCUGGAGAAGAGAGCUUUUCUGAAGCGGUACCCGUACCUGAACGCUCCUCUGCAGGUCGGCCUGGUAGGACUCUGCUUGGUGUUUGCAACCCCGCUGUGCUGCGCGCUCUUCCCACAGAAAAGCUCGAUGCCCAUGAGCCGCCUGGAGCCUGAAGUCCAAGCUCGGAUCCGGGAGAAAGACCCGUGGCUGGAGACGGUCUACUUCAACAAAGGGCUCUGAAGAGGGGGCCCGGGGUGCCCGGGGCAGCCGAGACACGUGCUGUGGAGCCGCGGGGCCGGCGCAUCGCUAAGCUUUGCCCCUCGGAGCACCUUGGGGCUGCUGCUGCUUUCCCUUGGCCAUCCCAUGUCCGUAGGUCCCAGGUUCCUGGCCCUGCUUCCCGGGAUGCCCACAGCCACACAGCACCGCGCUGUGCUGAACCCCGUCCCUGCGCUCGGGCUUAGCCCCACUCUGGGGACCUCCUGGCUGGCACCCCUGUUUCUUCCUUGCUCACCCUGUGUGUGCCCGUAGCUGUGUGCAGUGAACAGGGGAGCGUGGGCAGCGGCACCAGGGACCUUGCGAGUGGGGAUGUGGGGUGGGGAAGAAAAUGGUGCUCCCUAGCUUUAGGAGACAGCAGACAAUCAUGGUGUUUGAGGGUUGAACCCCUCUGCAGGCUCCUCAUGUUCCCGUGCGGUUCAGCAGCUGGUGCCUAGGGAUGGCAGAGCAGCUUUUGGAGAGGAAAAUUCCCCAUACCCAAAAUAGCUGUGGGUGAGUGAUUUCAAGUGCACACAGUGGCUCGAACUUGGGGGGGGCUCUCCCAGCCCAGGCGUGUGCUCUCAGCUCACCCUCUGCUCUCCUCUGGGGAUUUAAUGUGGCUUUCUGCUCCUUCCAUCACCAGAGCAAAUGGCACAUUUUAAUCCCAGCAGAGAGUCCACGUUUUUCUUCUCAUUUUAAUGCCAUCUCUGUUCAGGGCUGGGCUCCCCCCAAGGGGUCACUCUACACCCUCCUGGAGUGCUUGCUUUCAGAUAGAACUUCUCAAAUAGCUUUAAGUGCACCGUGGUUUCCUCUAGUUAUUUUUGAUAUACGUAUAAUGUACCUAUAUAUACCAAAUAAUAAAGGCAGGUUGUUUAUACAAAACCAAA